AGUAGAUAUAGGGGUUCGAUCUGGGAUAUUAUAUUUUCAAUAAAGCCUAAUAGAUUUUAAUUUUGUAUUUUAAUGCGUGGUUUAAAUUGUGUGGUGUUUAGUUUGUGUUGGAAAGUGUUAGGUGUCCAAAUUUUUUCAAAAACAAUCCUCAACUUAUAUUUCAUCAAUUAUACAGUUUGAUUACCGAUCAGGCGGCUAGCCAAAGUCAUGUAAACCCUCUCGAGCGGCCUCUAGAGCUGCACAACCUGCAAGAACGACGGCGACUCCACCCGAUCCCCCCUCACUCCGACGACGUGCCGCGCCGGCGGCAGGAGUGAAGCCCGCAUCACGACGACGAUGACGUCAUCGACGGCAGCGACGACGUGGCAACCUGGCCGGCUGCUCCUGCACGCCGUCAUCUUCCUGGCCUUCACCUGUCACUGGGCGGUCGUGCUGGCCACGAUGCCGGCCAGCAACGCCAGGUUCUACACCAUCUAUUGGAAUUCAUCGAACCCCAUAUUUAGAAUCGACAAUACCGACAAUAUCAUCGAUGUUAAUAGGAAUAAUGUCAAAUUUGAAUAUGAUCAGGUGGACCUGAUCUGUCCCGUAUACACGCCGGGCACGCGGGACGACGAAACCGAAAAAUAUAUAAUAUACAACGUUUCCAAGGACGAAUACGAAACGUGUAGGAUAACGAAUCCCAAUCCUAGGAUAAUAGCGGUGUGCGAUAAGCCGUACAAACUUAUGUACUUUACCAUUACCUUUCGACCGUUCACUCCGCAGCCCGGAGGGCUCGAGUUCUUACCAGGUCACGACUACUACUUCAUCUCGACGUCCACCAGCGACGACCUGCACAGGAGGAUAGGCGGCAGAUGCACCACCCACAACAUGAAAAUAGUGUUCAAAGUGUGGGGCCCGCCCCCGCAGCCCGUCACGCUGCCCCCGCCGCCCAUAACGGCCAAGCCGUCGUGGUGGUCGGUGCCGUCCCCGCGCACCACCGCCUCCACCACUUCGUGGACGACCUCGAGCACGUCUCCGACGUCCACCACCUCCAAGAAAUCCAAGACUUACAACAAUCAUCCCAACGAGGUGGUCAAAAGUGAAGAACUGACUGUGGGCAGCAGCGCCCCCACCGCGGCCAAAUUGAUAGUGCUUGCGUGUUUGGCCGCGUUGGCGCUGCGAUGAAAGUGUUUUACCGCGCCCUUAUCCCCGUUGUCCCCGUAUAUAUCGAAUUAACGAAAUCGGACUCGUAAUUAUUGAGUGUGCCCCGUAUAUUGGAUUGAGACGAUGUAUCUUUGGUCGCCCCUCGUAUAUGAAUAUUUAAAUUUUUGUAAAAUUUCCCCCUCCCUACUCCCCACUCCGAUUAAUGUGUGUGGGGAAAAAUGUUGAAGACUCGAUGUGUUCUGUAUCCCUCCUGUCCCCACUUGUGUCAACCCCCUCCCAGAUCCCAGUUUUUGAUGACUGUCUUUGUACGACCUAAAAAUAUGUUAAUUUUUGGAUUUUGGGAAUAAAAUCCGUUUUGGGCAGCUCGGUUGGGUGUCGCGGUUUUUCGAAAAAGCCAUUUUUAAUGAAGAAUAUUCCUGUAAAGCGGCUCCAAUGCCAUUUUUUCUUUUAACAAAAUAAAAAUAUCAAAAGUUUUGCAAUUCUAUUGUUCUACCAUGCACGAUUUCCAGCCAUUUUGUAUGAAAUUUGUGAUGAGUAGUUUCGCGUAAUAUAAUUAUCGAUUAUAACAGUUUUAAGUGGUCGUAGAUAAAAUUAAUUAUCGACUAAACCAAUCGGGAUAAAAAGAUCAAAUUUACCCGAUGUAACAAUGUUAUAAAAUUCCGAAUUAUUAUAAUAUGCAACGGUUAAAAAAUAGAAUCAAAUCAUAACUCAUAAAAAAUCCUUUCUUUCCAGUGGCGUAGAAAUAUUAAAAUUAUUUUUGAAAUAAUGAAACUAGAAUUAGUGACAAACGACAUAAGUUAUGAUUUUUUUCCAUCGGAAUUUAAUACAAAAAAAAACUUUUGAUAUUAUUUUUUUUUGUAAAACGAAAAAUUCAUCGACUUAAAAAUGGCCUACUUAAUGAAUAUUUUUUAUUAAAAAAUGAUUUUUUUUUGAACUGUGAUACGGUCAACGAUGCCUUAGGCAAGACAUUCUGUACAUAAAACUUAACUAUAAUAAUUAAUUAUUUAUAAGAUAAAUUAUUUUUUAGUCAUUGGAAUUUUACAUUUCAAAAAAAAACGGUUUAAUAAUUUUUAUAUUUACAAAAAAAAUAUAUUUGUCAUUUUUUAAAUAACAAUGAAUUUCUACUGUACAUUUUUCAGCCGGGGUUGGGCUCAACGAUUUUUUUUUAAUAUAAUUUGUAUAUUGGUAUUUUCUUAUUUUUCUUUAUAUAUAUUAUUUUUUUAAUAAUUAAAUCACUUUUACUACGAAAAAAUAUGUGAUAUGUUUGAUUCUCAACCCUGAACAACGAUUUUUAGAUUUUUUUGUCUGAAACAAGAAAGGAAAAAUAUAAAUAUACCUACACACGAUGGUCGAUUUAUACAAGUAUCAAUUGGUAUUUGUUUUACGUUUGUUUCACCCUGUAUAUAAAAUGUUAAAAGAGUAUUCUAAUGGGGAAGUUUCAAUUCAAUUAUAUAUAUUUUUUAAAACAUUAAACAUUCAUAAUCUAAAAUUAAUUCGAUAUUAAAACAUAUUUAUUUAAUAUAUUUAUUAAAUUUAAAAUAUUUUUCACAAUAAAUUUUCAUUAUUUUCUUC